UGAACCAGCCUAGGCCUUUCAACAUCGCAACGUUAGAGCCUACAUUAGCUACAGGAUCUGCGAAGCACACGUCUACGAAAUGUCUCCCUCAUUACCCUAUGCCGCUGAUGUCGAAUCGCCGCUCAAGCCAGAGGAGCUCCAAGUCCUUCGUGCGCAAUACGAGAAGGAAGGCGAAUACGUCGGUCUGCAGACAAAGUUCAACUACGCCUGGGGUCUCAUAAAGUCCAACUCCCGCAGCGAACAACAAGAAGGCGUACGCCUGCUCUCCGAGAUUUUCCGCAACUCCCGCGAACGACGACGCGAAUGUCUCUACUACCUCGCUUUGGGUAAUUACAAACUCGGCAACUACGCCGAAGCGCGGCGGUACAACGAGCUUCUGCUGGAGCUGGAGCCGGCGAAUCUGCAGGCGGGGAGCUUGAAGGAACUGAUAGAUGACAAGGUUACACGGGAGGGGCUCAUGGGUGCAGCAGUCGUGGGAGGUAUUGCUGUAGCGGCAGGGUUGGUGGGCACGUUCUUGUUGAAAGGGUCAAGGAGGAGAUGAACAUGUAAUGGAGAACAGUGCCGGAAGGAACAUGGAAGCUGCGAUACCGUUUGCGAAAUUUGCAUAGGCGUUAAGGUUCCUAGCUUGGCUUAGGAUUGUACGAUUAUCUUAGGUCUAGUGGUUGGUAUACAUGGGCCAUUAAUCACAUUCUCUCAACUUUACGGGGAGCACGUGGAGGAACGUAGAGAUAUCGUGCGACGUUGCCUGAUCGAAGCACGCUUCCGU